AUGGGCAGGGCCCUGGAACGAUUGGGCACCCCUCAAGGUGAAGGUACCAUCCCUCCAUUCAGACCAUUUACUGAUUUAACAAUUUUAAAUUCCAUGAAGGAAAUGGAACAACAUAUGUAUUCUCCAGGUUAUCAAAUAUUUCGAUACAAUAAUUUCUUGUAUCUUUUAAGUGAAUAUCAUCCUAGUGAUGCAGUGAAUUUUGCCAACGUUCGUAAUCAUUCAUUGUUGAAAUUUAUAACUCGUCAAAAAAGAGCGCAUGAAGUAUUACAAGAUGAAAAAAGCAACAUCAGUACCGAAGAACAUUAUGAUGUACGGAUAUAUGAAAGUUUUUUAGCAUAUGAAUUAUAUUCAUCAAGAGUUUUCAUGAGACAAUUGAUCAAGCAAGCAUCAUUUGAUCAUCAAAUGUAUAAUCACGAAGAAUUGGUUCAAACGAAUAUUUCUAAUUACAUUAGGUACUUGCUAAAUUUGCCAGUAAAUGUUAAUGUGAAUGAACUAAAUGAUGUGGAAAAGAAGCAUUAUGAAUUUAAAGCUUUAUUUAAAAGAAUUGCUGAUGCCUUGUAUCAAAUGAAGAAGGACGAAACAAGUGAUGAAAUUUCAAAUGAAAAGGAAAUAAAGACAAAAUUGUUAUUGGAAGCAAUCACCAAGGUUUCUUAUGAGUAUAUUUUGUUGGAGAAAUAUAAUAUUGAAAUUUUGAAUAAGUUCAGUGAUAAUAAUAUACUUGAAAAGAGAGUUUUAAAAUACUUGUUUAGUAAGUUUCAUGAAAGAGUUAAAGUUCAUAAUCCUGAAAGUACAAAACUUUUACUUUUCAAUACGUUUUACUCCGUUCAGUAUGGCUGGUAUCUUGCAGUUGCAUGCCCUUUUGUGAGAGUUUUUGAAACCAACGUUUAUGCUGAGGAUAAAGAUCUAAUUGCCAAUAAAGCUGCUUAUGAAGAAAUUGAGCUGAAGACUAGCAAGCGAGAUUUUUCCCAAUCCGACCAAAUGUUGUUUGAUACAUAUUUCAAGAAAUUGAUGUUUUCCUCAUUCCAAGAAUAUAGUACCAUGAGUUCCGAGAAAUUAAUCAAAUUGCUUAAAUUAAUAGAUAAUCAAUCCCCAAAGUAUUCCCGAAUGAAUAGACAUGAAAUUCCUGAUCCAUCAUCGACGUUUUCCCACAAGCCUAUGAAUUUUGAAUAUUAUAGCGAUGGACUUGCCACGAUUGAAUCUAAUUCGUUUGAUAUGAUUGACUCUCCAGAUUUACCAUUGCAAGUUACUGUGGAAAAUUAUAAGACCAUAAUUGGAGAAUUUUAUAGAAUUUUGAAACCCGGAGGAAUUUUUGAAACUAAAUCUAUGCAAUUUGGUUCCAGAUCAGUUGUGGACUUUUUAGAAAAACAUAAAGGUGGUGGAUAUCCAAGAAGUUGGGAUUUUGAUGUCUUUAAUCUAGAAUGUUUUUAUGAUGUUGUGCCUCAAUUUGUUGAAGCAAUUCUCAAAGAAUUGAAUUUCGUGUUUGGAACCGGCAAUGUUAAAUUCACAGUAUUGUUAGUUUGUGCCAACCUGGAAGUUAAUAACUUCUUGAUUAAAUUUAGUGGUUUAAAACUAUUCGAAUUGGCUGGAAAAUUUAAUGAUUAUUGUUCAAUGUUUGAAGAUCAAGGCGAUUCAAGUAUGAUAGACAAAGAUUCUAGUGUACAUUUCGUGGUACACAUUAGAGCUAGGAAGACAGUGCCAUUCCGCUCCUUUGAUAGAGAGACAUGA